AUGACGGCUGUUCUGUCUCCUACAGAUGCCCUACGCAGAGACCCAAUAAUGACCUCCUUAGAAGACAAUUACUCCUCCACAGACUGGAAAGUGAAGUACAAUGAAGUCGCAGAUAUGCUGGCGGAAACUCGUGCCGAACUUGAUGAAUUUCAUACUUCUAGUAAAGAGCUUGAGGAGGAGUUAAUCAAGGAAAUAGACCGUACAGAGAAGGCACAGCAGGAUCUCAAAGUAAAGGUCGCGAAGACUGAAUUAGACCGAGACGAAUGGAAGUCCAAAUUUAUAUCGCUACAGACCAUGCACAAUACAACCACCACCUCCCUGCAACGAGAGUUAGACACACUCAGACAAGAGUCUCAGAAAUUGAAGGUUAGAUUGCGUGACCUGGAGUUGGGCAAUGAUGACCUCGAGAGAAACGAGCGUGUGGUCGCGUCAAGUCUGGCGGAUAUAGAGGCAAGAUAUUCCAAGGCGCUGGAAGAGAAAAUAUUGCUCGAGCACGAACUCCUUGACAAGGCUAACAUGGAAGAGGAACUACAACGUGUCAAGGAUGAGCUACGAGAUUCAUCUGUAGAAAUAUCUAUUCUCAAGGAUCAGCUAAUCGCUGCUCGCUCUAGGGCACCGAGCAUUGUGACCGAAACUUCCAGUUCCACCACCGUUUCAUCACUAUUCCCUCCUCCGACGGUUUCAUCGGAUGACAAUCUGCUUAGUACUCCGCCGCCGCCAGAUCUUGAACUAUCUGAUCUUUCUUCCAACGAGAAAUCCUCUAUUCCUACCCCUACUCGCCCCCCUUCUACCGCUGCCAGUUCAAAUUAUGGACAAUCCGUCCUACUCCAGCGCGCAGGUUUCCAACUGAGCAAACGUAACCCUGAUACUUCCUCGCCUUCAUCAAUGACCCGUUCAAGCACCCUUCCAACCCUUGCUGCUUCACGCAACUCUCCUCGGACUCCGGUCCUUGUUCCACGACCUGCCGCUGUUACUGCCAGUUCUAGUGUAUCCAACAUCACUGCCGUACCUAUGAUGGCAUCCAGAAGUAAGGGUGUUCAAAUGGUUUCCGAAAUGCGUGCUCGUGUCAAGAAUCUAGAACAGAAGAUUCAUACACGUGUUCCUCGCUUACGGAUGGGCAGUAAUGCUGGGCGGCAGGGAGCGACAAUAUCCACGAUGGCCUCCACAUCCACUAUAUCCUCUACAUUGUCAUCUAAGAGUACCUUUACACGUUCUGUGAUGCCAGACAGCAAACUUGGCAAACCGACUCCACAGCGACUUGGCGUAGAUACCGCUUUGGCGGGCGGUGCGACCACGCCCAACCCUAAUAAUUCAGGAUGGGUUCUCAUUAUGGACGAUACUACUCCCUCUCCAAAUAAGGACGCUGAGGAGGAACAUAGACGCUCAUCCAGUCCCUCACCCCCCAGCGCUUUUCACCGUGGAGUUCCUUCGUCGGCAUCAUCUCCUAUUUUCUCCAAGCCCAGUCAAUUUGGCCAAAGCACGAUGACCCAUAGUCGUCGACCUCAAUCACGCCUCUCCGGAGCCAGCCUCAGCACUACCGCAACAAUGAGUUCCAUCCCUACUCCUUCAUCUCGCCCCGCAACUCCCACUUUCCUUCCUAUUCCGAUCUCCCGUCCAGGAGUCACUGGCUACAAGAAGUCCACCGGGCUAGGGGCUGGUCCGUAUGGUGGUCCACCAAAACGAUCCUCUAUAGGUUCCAGUAAUGCUGGGUCACCUACUCCUUCUUCGGAUUCAGAGUUCCGUCCUCGCGAACGACCGUUCUCAUACAAUGGGAAAGUCCAGAACGACUUGAAAUCGCUACCGCACUCCAACGUAACAGUUCGGGCAUCCUCUAGAAUCCCAUCCUCCGCCAGCAGUGUCUCGAUAUUGUCGCAGAGCAAGAUUGGUCGACCUGCGGGUAUCACCGGUGCGUGGAAGAGCGGCGGAUUAGGGCUUCCUGGUCAGGAAAAUGGCGGUUUUCUUGAACCUGACAAGAAACCUCGCAGCAGGUCCGGGAGCAACGUGCUCAAUUUUGGACGUGGCGGCGUUUCUUGA